UCACUCUGAGCAUUUCCCCUCUCAUUUCCUAAAUUUCUACAGAGCAAGCUUCGUUAGGGAUUUCAAAUCCAACGAUAAUCGAUAUGGCGUUGGAGAAAGCUAAAGAGAUUGUGUCUUCCAAUCCCGUUGCCGUCUUCAGCAAGAGUUACUGUCCAUUCUGCGUCGAUGUGAAGAAACUAUUAACUGAAGUGGGAGCCAGUUUCAAGGCUGUCGAAUUGGAUAGAGAGAGUGAUGGAAGCGAAAUACAAGCUGCACUUGCUCAGUGGACUGGACAACGGACUGUACCCAAUGUCUUCAUUGGUGGGAAGCACAUUGGUGGCUGUGAUGCAACAGUAGCACUUCAUAAGAAAGGGGGGCUGGUUCCUAUGCUGGCCGAAGCAGGAGCAGUUGCCAAAGUUUCUGCUUAGGAUUCAGAGUUAUGUUAAUAAAUGGUGCAGUUAGAUUAAUAAACGUUCUGCGUGUGGUUUUCUGGAUGUUCUGUUGGCAUUUCUACGAACAAAAAUGCUCUUGAAAUUGUAACUUUAGUUAUAAUUGGAAGGAACUUGUGCUUCCUUUGCUUCUAUGAUAAAUCAAAAUGUUCAGGGUCUCCUAUGCCUGAUUUCUUUCUUCA